AACGCUUUCGCGUGGGGGGGAAGACGAAGAGGAGCCGUCCGAGUUCCCGUGGAAGAGAGCUCGUGAGCCGAUGCCGAUGGUCCCCGCGCAGGAUGAGCCCGAAGGGGUGAUGAGCAGCAGGCAGGAUGAGCCCCGAGUGAAGAGCUCCAGUUUCUCCUUGUCGGGGGACUCGACUCACAACCAGGCGAUGGUUCACUGGUCUGGACCCAACAACAGCGUUAUCCUGAUCCUCACUAAACUGUAUGACUUCAACCUGGGAAGUGUCACUGAAAGUUCUCUGUGGAGGUCAGCGGACUACGGGACGACUUAUGAAAAACUGAAUGAUAAAGUAGCGUCAAAGACAAUUCUCAGUUACUUGUAUGUGAGCCCAACAAACAAGAAAAAGAUAAUGGUGCUGAGUGACCCGGAGGCUGAGAGUAGCGUGCUGAUCAGUGCUGACGAAGGAGCCAGCUUUCUGAAGCUACGUUUGACCUUCAACAUACUGAGUCUGCUAUUCCACCCAGUUGAGGAAGACUGGAUACUCGCCUACAGUCACAACCAAAAGCUCUACAGUUCAAUGGAUUUUGGAAGAAAAUGGCAGCUGGUCCUCGAGCAUGUAACUCCAAACAGGUUCUACUGGGCUGUGACAGGGCUGGAUAAGGAAGCUGAUUUGGUCCACAUGGAGGUCCGUAUGCCGAAUGGACGUGCUCGUUAUGUCACAUGCAGGGUUCAGUCCUGCACGGAAGGCGGCAGAACGUACCCCUUCCGCGGCUCCAUUGACACCAGCUCCCUGGUCGUGCAGGACAGCUACGUGUUCAUCCAGGUGACGACAGCUGGACGAGCCUCGUACUACGUGUCGUACCAGCGAAGACCAUUCCAGAAGAUCAGACUGCCGAAAUAUUCGCUGCCCAAGGACAUGCACAUUGUCAGCACAGACAAGAACCAGGUGUUUGCAGCUGUGCAGGAGUGGAAUCAGAAUGACACGUAUAACUUGUACACGUCGGACACAGAGGGCAUUCAUUUCACCCUGGCCUUGGAGAAUGUGAAGACGAGCCGAGGGCAGGAGGGGAACAUCGUGAUUGACCUCUAUGAGGUGUCAGGGAUCAGUGGGUUGCUCAUCGCCAACAGGAAGGUGCAGAACAGCGUUAAGACCUACAUCACGUACAGCAAGGGCCACGACUGGCGGCUCCUGCAGGCUCCUUCGACUGACCUGGCUGGCAAUGCCAUUCACUGUGUGCUGCCAUUCUGUUCCCUGCAUCUACAGCUGAAAAUGCCUGAAAACCCCUUCAGCUCUGGAGGUAUCUGCAGUGAAAGUUCAGCUCCUGGAAUUAUAGUGGCUGCAGGCAAUGUUGGCACUGAACUAUCCUACAGCGGUACGGGAAUGUUCAUCUCCUCAGAUGCUGGAAACACAUGGAGACAGAUUUUUGAGGAAGAGCACAGCAUCUGGUUUUUGGACCACGGUGGAGCACUGCUAGCUGUUGCUCAAGCAGCAGGACCAAUCAGACACUUCUGGCUCAGCUUCGACGAGGGCCUGCAGUGGGAGAGACACAGCUUCUCCCGAGUUCCGCUGUAUGUGGAUGGCAUCCUGGUCGAGCCUGGGAUUGAGAGCCACAUUAUGACGUUUUUUGGACACUUUAGUCAUCGUUCUGAAUGGCAACUCAUCAAAAUUGACUACAAAUCUGUUUUCACACGGGAAUGUACACAAGGGGACUAUCAGACAUGGCACCUGCUCAACCAGGGGGACCCUUGUGUGAUGGGACAGAAGCAGAUGUUCAUGAAGCGCAGGCCGGGAAGCCAUUGCAUGCAGAGGAAGGACUAUCCCAGGGUGUUCUCUGCUGAGUCCUGCAUCUGUACAGCCAGUGACUUUGAGUGUGACUAUGGUUAUGAUCGCCGUGGAGAUGGAUAUUGCUCCCCUUCCUUCUGGUUCUAUCCCACCGCUGUAUCUGGAAGCUGCAGUCAUGGGCGGAGCGACUUCAACGGCACGGGGUACCGGCAAGUGGUGUCCAACAACUGCAAGCAGGGUAUGAAGGAGCUGUACACAGCCAGAAGGCAGCCCUGCCCCACCCAGCCCCCGAGGGGGCUUCAGCUUGUCACCAGCGAUGGGCGGCUGAUGGCUUUGAUGGGCAACAAUGUCACCUUCCUGGUCUCUCUGGAAGAGGGUGACUCACUGAAGAUGAAUAUUUGGUUUGAUUUUGGAGAUGGCAUCACAGUCUCCUACUCUAAUCUUAGCUGGGCAGAAGAUGGCAUCAAGCAUGUUUACAAGACUGCUGGCUUAUUUAGGGUCACCACUCUAGCUGAAAACAGCCUGGGAUUCGACUCAGCGACCUUGUACCUCCACAUAACCUGUCCAGUAGAACGCCUCCAUCUCUCUGCUCCUGUUGUAGCACUGCAGAACACAGAGGUCAAUCUGACAGCCCUAGCCUGGCCCAUGCAUUCCAGGAUAGUAAUGUUCUUCUGGUGGAUUGGGAACAGCACAGAGCCCAUCAUAACUCUCAAGGGCAGCCUUUCACAUCGCUUCUCCUUUGAAGGGAUGACCACAGUGACAGUGCAGGUGUCUUCUGGGAACACCAUACUACAGGACACAAGGACUGUAGCUGUUCAAGAAUUCUUCAAAUCGCUACUUCUGUCUUUCUCUUCCAAUCUGGAUGAGUACAACCCUGACAUCCCUGAGUGGAGGCAGGAUAUGGAGAAGGUCAUCAAGGCAGCGCUGCUCAAGGUAUCAGACGUUCCCAAGCAGAACUUGCUGGUGGCGUUGUUCCCAGGAAUCCCCACUAUUGCAGAGCUCUUCCUGUUGCCUCACACUGAUCAGCCAGGCAGCAGCAGCAGAAGCAAAGAGGAGCUAAUUCGGAUUUCAGAGGUUCUAAUUAGUGUCCUGAACCAGAAUUUGGUUGAGUUUGAGUUGAAACCUGGUGUUCAAGUAACUGUUUACAUCACACAGUUAACUUUGGCUCCUCUGGUGGACUCCAGCUCCACCCAGCACACUUCAGCUUUACUCAUGCUCCUUGCUGUGGUCUUCGUUGGAUUAGCUGUGUUUUCGAUUUACAAGUUCAAAAGAAAAAUCCCUUGGAUCCAUGUCUAUGCAGAGGUGAACCAUGAGAAGGAACAGGAGAUGAUUGGCUCGGUGAGCCAAAGCGAGAGAAUGCCGAAAAUGACACCGAGUGACUUUACUUCCCAAGUGGAACUCCUGGACAAUGAACUGCAAGUCAGGAUUAAAGGUGAGAUCACGCGUGAACUCCCCAACUGCACAAGUGUCUAAUGGACAGAGCUGCAGGUUCAGACCCGAAGACACACAACACACAGAGGUUCUUCCUUCUUUUAUACUUCUGGAAAAACAGCAAAUAUUUUUUUAAGAAUUUAAUUUCUACAGCUUGUAUGGUUGUCGUUUGAAAGAUAACGCGAGUUAUUUUAC